GGCUAGUAGCUGCUAAUUAAGCAGCAAGCAAAGGUACCCAGCAACCUUCCCUUUGGCUUCCCCCACAAAACGCGGCCGCCGCGCGCGUAUCCGAGGCUGAGGCUCCUCUUCCUCUUCCUCUUCCUCCUCCUCUCGGCGGCGGCGGCGGCGGCGGGUCUCCAUUUGCUCAAGCUUGCCUGCCAUGCCCAUGGGGACGAGGUAGCGCUUCCCUUCCUGCCUGCGGUACAUACUAACUAAGCAGAGGGCAUCCCUCAUAUAUAGGCUUUGCGAAAUCAAUCAACAAGCUUGGGGAGGAGAAGAGGAAGAGGAAGAGGAGAUGGAGCAGGGGGGUGAGGCCGGCACCGGCGGUGGGCUGGGCAACCUGCGCGCGCUGCUGGCCAUCCUCCAGUGGUGGGGCUUCAACGUCACCGUCAUCAUCAUCAACAAGUGGAUCUUCCAGAAGCUGGAUUUCAAAUUUCCUCUGACGGUGUCUUGUGUCCACUUCAUAUGCUCUUCAAUUGGGGCUUAUAUUGCAAUCCAUGUGCUCAAAGCAAAACCACUCAUUCAAGUCGAACCAGAAGACCGUUGGAGAAGGAUUUUUCCAAUGUCAUUUGUCUUCUGCAUAAACAUCGUGCUCGGAAAUGUCAGCCUGCGCUACAUCCCAGUCUCCUUUAUGCAGACUAUCAAAUCUUUCACCCCUGCAACCACGGUUAUUCUGCAGUGGUUAGUUUGGAGCAAGCAUUUUGAGUGGCGCAUAUGGGCUUCGCUGGUCCCAAUAGUUGGGGGAAUACUCCUAACUUCAAUAACAGAGCUUAGUUUCAACAUGUUUGGUUUCUGUGCUGCCAUGGUUGGCUGCCUUGCUACAUCUACCAAGACCAUUUUGGCAGAGUCUCUACUCCACGGAUACAAAUUUGACAGCAUUAACACAGUGUACUACAUGGCACCCUUUGCCACCAUGAUACUGGCUCUACCAGCAGUGUUACUUGAAGGAGGCGGUGUGGUUACCUGGUUCUACACACAUGACUCCAUUGCUUCUGCACUAGUUAUCAUCAUAGGCUCUGGAGUGCUUGCAUUUUGCCUAAACUUCUCCAUUUUCUACGUGAUCCAUUCAACCACUGCAGUGACCUUCAAUGUUGCUGGCAACCUGAAAGUUGCUGUUGCUGUAUUGGUGUCAUGGUUGAUCUUCCGGAACCCUAUCUCUCCUAUGAAUGCAAUCGGAUGCGCGAUCACGCUCGUUGGCUGUACUUUUUAUGGGUAUGUGAGGCAUUUGAUCCCUCAACAGCAGGCUGUAGCUCCAGGAACAGGAAGCCCAACAACAUCGCAAACAAAUUCGCCGAGAAGUCGGAUGGAGAUGCUCCCCCUUGUAGGCGACAAGCAAGAAAAGGUUUAACAAAAGAAUACACUUUGUACUAUGCAAUAGUCAUUAUGGUCUGGAUUCCCUUGUAGUUCGAACUAUUGUGUUCCUUCAAGUUACUGUUUUCAAAUUGGCCAGAAACUGCCGCACGCUAAACUUCCUUUCUGUGUAGUGCAUACGGAAUUUUUUCUACUACUAGGAUGUCACGCAAGUCCAGCGUCAUUUUCUGUUGCUAGACGUGUAACGCACUGAAUGAACAGUUGGAUAUCUCAUCUAACCAAUUUGUCUUAA